GAACUUCACUUGUGGUGGAUCUGGCUCUCUGCUUUGUGGGAGGCUUUUGCAGACCCUGCCUUUCAGUUAACAGAAAUGGAAACUUCAGGAGAACCUGUGGGAGAGGAUGAAUUGUGCUGCAACCUUUCUACAUGAAAAAAGACCUUUUUCAGCACAAGAUCCUUAUGCUACUACUGAAGUGCAAAAAUGUCCUGGCACCUCUGAACAAACAGAAAAGCCUGUCACUGUGCAGCAGGUUCCCCCAAGGCACCGAAGUUUGGGGAAGGAUCUGCACAUGGGGCAGCCCCUGUUCGGUGUCCCAGAGCACAUCUCGGGGGGCUGGUUUUGUACAGGGCUCAGGAAAACGCCGUUCGCUCGCAUUUCCCAGCCGGACACAGCAGUUCCUCGGAAAGCUGAGGAGGGUUUUGUCGGCACCGGAGUGCCGGCGGCUCGGAGCGGCUCAGAUCGGCGGCGGCACGGAGCGCGGUGCCCGGGCAGCGGGACCGGGCUGGGCUGCGCUCCGGGACCGGGCUGGGCUGCGCUCCGGGACCGGGCUGGGAUGCGCUCCGGGACCGGGCUGGGAUGCGCUCUGCUCCGGGACCGGGCUGGUCUGCGCUCCGGGACCGGGCUGGGCUCCGCUCCGGGACCGGGCUGGGAUGCGCUUCGGGACCGGGCUCGGCUCCGCAGCGCUCUAGGACCGGGCUGGGCUGCGCUCCGGGAACGGGCUGGGCUGCGCUCCGGGACCGGGCUGCGCUCCGGGACCGGGCUGGGCUGCGCUCCGGGACCGGGCUCGGCUGCGCUCCGAGACCGGGCUCGGCUCCGCAGCGCUCCGGGACCGGGCUGGGCUGCGCUCCGGGACCGGGCUGGGCUGCGCUCCGGGACCGGGCUGGGCUCCGCUCCGGGACCGGGCUGGGCUGCGCUCUGCUCCGGGACCGGGCUGGGCUGCGCUCUGCUCCGGGACCGGGCUGGGCUGCGCUCCGGGACCGGGCUGGGCUCCGCUCCGGGACCGGGCUCGGCUGCGCUCCGGGACCGGGCUGGGCUGCGCUCCGGGACCGGGCUGGGCUGCGCUCCGGGACCGGGCUGA